CUCACAGGUGGAACAGAGGCAAAAUAUCUCAGGCUUUAGACAAUGGUUGUCAAGGAUGAAGACCGAGAUCAGGAUGAAGGCCAAGAUCAGGAUGAUGUAGGUGGAGAAAAGAUUACUAGUAGGACAUUUCUUUCUCUUUCCCAAAUAACUGCCUUGUCAGAAGAAAAUCUGGAAGGAGUUGAAAAGAAGAUGGAAGAAUUUCUGAAUCUUACACAACUAAAGACAUCUUUGAAAGAAGCUAUUUUACUAGAUUAUUAUACUGCAGGAUUUUGGUGGGCUAAAGAAAUGAACUUCAGUCUUAUCCAGCUGUCAGGAUUCAUGGAUCUAUUAAAUUUCGCCUUGGAGAACCUCAGCAACAAACAUAUGACCUUGGGAGAUAAUUUAAAAGAACUUGAAAGAGCAAUGGCUGAAAUAGGAGAAACUGAGUCAGAAGAAAGAGGUGACCUAAAUUUAUUCAGCAUUGAGCAAGCCAAAGCAAUCAUUGAUUACUUGGUUACCAGCUUAUUUAAACACUAUAAAGCAUAUGAAUACCUCUUCCACGGUCGUAGAGAAGAACCUGUGAUAAGUAAUGAGAGUGGGCAGACUGUUUGGCUGACCUUAAGAUGCGUAUAUGAAUGCUUUCCAGUUCUGAGCACCUGGAUAGUAACAGAAAAGAAUAAGAUGGAACUUGACCAACCUGCAGUUUCCCCCUCAGAAUCAGAAUCUCAGGGGUCUGACCAGGGGGAUUACCUGCAAGAGCCCUGUCCAGAGGCAGCAUCUUCCGAAGUGGAUGCUGUAGCUGGAGUCACUGCUGAAGAUGAGAAGUCUGCAGUGUGUGAAAUCCCAAAUGAAAUUAUUGGCAACCUUGAGGCAGACGUAAAUGAAAAGCUGCAAAUGCAGGAAGAAGCUUAGACUUGGACAAGAGAAAAACUGAGAAAUCCUAAAUAGCCAGAUAAGAAAGGUGAUGCUGAGUUUUGCAGGAAUUGGUCAGCAGGGGAUGGCACAUACAGAGAGGCUGGCUCACUACCUGAACCAAAUUAUUUUUGUAUAGAGGAUAAUGGUUAUAUUAACAUUUACCUGGAAGUACUUCAUCCCAGUCCCUCAAAUUUACAUGUUCUGCCAGCAUUGUUGUUUAGUUUAGACUUAAGCUGAAGAUUAUAAACAGAAGGACACAUAAUUAAAACAUGUUGAAGUUCAGUUUAUUUCUGAAUACAAAUUCUAACUUAAAAAAAAAAAAAGCUGCAGUUUCAUUCUCCCAGAUGUGAAAUACUUAACAGUUUCUGCUUUACACCUAUGAUUUUUUUCAGAAAAUGUUGCUACAAGGAAAAUAUAUAGAGAGAAAACAUUAUUUUGAAGCACUGUAGAUAUAAUAAGGAGAGAAUUUAAUUAACAUGUAAUUACGCACCUUGCACUGUAGCUAUUCAUUAAUAAUAUGUAUUUUGUUUUAAUUUGCUUCCUAAGCUUUAAAAUAAAUUUAAUAGCUUGCACUUCUUUAUUUCCACCAUAUUAAUAUUGCAUAACUGAAGAGUUUGCACUUAAGUAUUCCAAGAAGAGUUUCUUUAGAUUUCAGUGGAUUUUUUUCUGGAAUGCAUGUAUCCUUUCAUCUGAGAAUGUUUCCAUAUUUUGUCAGACAUUAUAGAAAUGUUUCGUGCUCAAAAGGAUUCCAACCAAAUAAAUGACCUCAGAAGAACCGGUUGAACA